AUGGAUGGCCUGAUGUCUUGCACGCCCACUUUACCACCUCAGCUCUUCUCUUCCGUGGCGAUGGCGACCGCCAACUUCCCCAUGCAGCCGACCCCUCUCACUCUGAAGCACCGCCUCCAGUUCCUCCUCCACACGCUACCCGACUGCUGGGCCUACGCCGUCCUCUGGCGUCUCUCCUCCUCCUCUCCCCCCGACGGCCGCCCCUUCCUCUCCUGGUCCGACGGCCACCUCCGCGGCGGUGCCGCCGCUUCCAGCAGCCGCACCAGCAGCAGCAGCAACAGCAACAACAACAACAACACCAACGACGAAGCCUUCCUCUUCAACACGCUGGACAAGAAGAAGCUCACCGGCGGCGCCGCCGCCGAGGAGGUCGUCACCGACAUCGAGUGGUUCUACCUUGUCUCCCAAGCCCGCUCCUUCCCCGCCGGCACCUCCGCCGGCGCCGGCGACCAGCCCAUCCCCUCCCGGGCCUUCGCCAAUGGAGCCCACAUCUGGCUUUGCGGAGCCCACGAGCUCCAGGUCUACGGCUGUGACCGCUCCCGUGAGGCCCUCCUCCACGGUGUCACCACCAUUGUCUGCAUCCCCACCGCCGACGGGGUCCUCGAGCUGGCCUCUGCGGAGGUAGUCCGCGAGGAUUGGACCGUAGUCCAGCAGGCCAAGGCGCUCCUGGGUCACUUCCAACCACUCGGCAGCGGCGGCGCCGACGCUGCAGCCAAGCCCAAGAAGGAGGAACUCGGCGGCGGCGCCGCGGCGGUGGGGCUGAUGUCGUCGCUGGACUCAGAGCAUUCCGACUCGGAGGGGCGGCGACCGAAGAAGAGAGGACGGCGGCCCGGCCCCGCCGGUGACGCCCCGGCGAGCCACGUUGAGGCCGAGCGGCAGCGGAGGGAGAAGCUGAACCACCGGUUCUACGCCCUACGUUCGGUGGUUCCCAACGUCUCCAGGAUGGACAAGGCUUCCCUGCUCGCCGACGCAGUGGCCUACAUCAAGGAGCUGAGGACCAGGGUGGGGGAGCUGGAGCAGCUCCGGCGGAGGACUCCGCCGCAGGCGGCGGCGGCGGUUGUGGCGGAGGGUUUGGAGGGAGGAGGGACGAUGGAGGUGGAGGUGAGGGUGGUGGAGGGGGGGGAAGCGAUGGUGAGGGUGACGGCGGCGGCGGAGGGACGUGGGCAUCCAGCGGCGAGAGUGACGGCGGCGCUGAAGGAGCUGGACAUGAAGGUGCACCACGCGAGCAUGACGACGGUGAAGGGAGUGAUGGUGGUGGACGUGGUCGCCGGUGCCCCCACGGGGCUCCUCUCUGAGGAGGCCCUGAAGGGCUCUCUCAUCGCCAUGCUCGAGAAGCAGCAAUCCUAG